AUGUGCAAAAUCAACAAAACUCUGCCUUGCACGCACGCGCCAACUGCUGUGACUUUCCUCAACUGCAACAAUUUGACAGUAGAUAACUUGCGGAUCAAAAACGCACCACAAAUGCAUCUCACGUUUCAAAGAAGCUUAAAUGUCAAAGCUUCACGUCUCGUGGUAACUGCACCGGAGCAUAGCCCCAACACCGAUGGAAUUCAUGUCACAGAAACACAGAACAUUCAGAUUCAAAACUGCGUUAUAGGGACAGCCCGGACAGGGGAUGAUUGUAUUUCGAUAGUAAGUGGGUCUGAAAAUGUUGAAGCCACAGAUAUUACUUAUGAACCCGGCCAUGGAAUCAGCAUAGGAAGUUUGGGUGCGGGCGGUUCAAAUGACUAUGUUUCAAAUGUGAUGGUUGACAGAGCGAUACUAACAGGAAGUACCACAAAUGGAUUGAGAAUAAAAACUUGGCAGGGCGGCUCUGGAUAUGCCAAAAAUAUUACAUUUCAAAAUGUUGAAAUGCAUAGUAUUCGAAACCCUAUAAUCAUAAAUCAAUAUUACUGCGAUAAAAAAGAACCUUUAUGCUCGGAACAUGCUUUAGCGGUGGAAGUAAGCAAUAUUGGUUACAAAAACAUUACAGGUGUCAGCGCAUUAGAGGAAGCCAUAAACUUCAAGUGCAGCAAGAGUUUUCCCUGCCGUGAAAUUUGGUUGGAAGACGUUAAUCUUGCAUGCCAAGAAGACGAAAGUGUCAAGGCCUUUUGUGACAGCGUUGAAUUGAUUAACCAGGGGAACGUCUCUCCUUCGUGUUAG